AUGUAUGCCAGAUACGUUCCUCCCCCAAAGGGUGGAAACACCUCCAAUUCGGCUCCUUCAAAUUCUGCGCCAUCACCAAGAGUCACUACAAACGCAGCUCCUGCUCCUGCGCCCGCUGCCAAUUCAUAUGGCUAUUCGCGAUACGUCCCUCCGAGCGCAAAGCCUGCGCCGCCUCAACCUACGGCUCCCCAGAAGCAAUACUUUGACGAUGAGCCUACAGCGACUCCCAAGAGGAAAUUUGAUUUCACAGAAGAGGCGCAAAACUCUCCCCAGCCCGACAGUAAAAAGUCAAAGACAGUAGAGCCAAGUACGCCGCAAAAAGCAAGCGAAGAAGCGCCCAAGAAAAAGAAGAAGGUUAGAAGAGGCAAGAGAAGAACAGCAGCCAAGGACGAUUCCGACGAUUCCGAUGAUGAGCCAGCGCAGAAAGCGCCUGAACCCAAAUCCGAAGCGCAAAAGCCUGUGGAAAAGGACGAGCCCAAGGAAGCAGAGGAUGUGCAAGAAGAGAGUCGCGCUGUAGAAGAGGACACUGCAGAGGUGAAGGAACAGCAAAAGAAGGACAAGAAGAAGGAUAAGAAAGAGAAGAAGGAGAAGAAGGAGAAGAAGAAGGACAAAGAAGAAAAGCAAGAGUCCGAAGAGUCCAGUACUCCCACGGUCACAGCCGAGGAUGCCGAUGAGGAUGUACCCAUGGUCGACGCCGCCGAACCCACAGAGGAAUCCAAGGCUAUUGCCAAGGAGCCGGUAGCGGAAGAGAAAGAGACAAAAGAGAAGCGAAGAGAAAAGAAGAAGAAAAACAAGGAACCUCAACCUACUGAGGAGGAGGAAGAAGACAAGGAAGAGAAGAAGCGGCAUAAGACUGUUAUGGAGCGAUUGGAGAAGUCUCUCAAGCUGGCUGGUGAAAUGGCCCCAGAGGAAGACGACGAGGAAGACCAGGGCGAACUCCAUGGACUCGAACCCCUACCACAACCAGCACCUGUAGUCACACUCACCGAUGCAAAGCCGACUGACGACGAGACUCUUCCCCCCUGGUUAGCAAAGCCCAUCCGGGUUUCGCAGGAUACUCGAACACCAUUCUCUAAGCUCGAUAUUCUACCCAAAGCCUGCCGUGUGUUGGAAGAGAAGGGCUUUAAAGAUGCCUUUGCUGUGCAGACUGCUGCUCUUCCUCUGUUGCUUCCUACAAGCAGACCCGGCGACGUGUGUGUUUCUGCAGCCACUGGUUCCGGAAAAACACUCGCCUAUGCUUUGCCUGUCACGCGGGAUAUUAGUCAAGGUUGCCUCACCCGAUUAAGAGCACUGGUUGUUCUACCGACUCGUGAACUGGUGAAGCAAGCUCAAGAGACGUUUGAGCUUUGCGCUAGAGCGUUUGAUGGUGGUGAUCGUAAGAGAGUCCGAGUGGGUAUCUCUGUUGGUAGUCAAUCUUUCGAAGAUGAGCAGAAGGCUUUUAUGGAACAGGAGCUCCGAUACGACCCUGAAGCAUACAAGAAGCUGCAAGAGGAGACUCAACAACAAAAUCAGUUGAAGUUGGGUCUUUCCGCGACAGACAGCCUCGAGGACCUUGAGGACACAGACCCUCGAUUGAGCAACAGGAACGGCUACGUUGCUGACUUCCUCUCCAAGAUCGAUGUUUUGAUCUGCACACCCGGUCGACUCGUCGAGCACAUGGAGCAAACACCAGGAUUCAGUCUCGACUACGUUCGAUGGUUGGUAGUUGAUGAAGCUGAUAAGCUUCUGGCGCAGAGCUUCCAAGGCUGGCUGGAUGUGGUCAUGGAAAAGUUCCGCGUUAACAAGCCUACUGCCCGCGAUUUCCCCGACAUCGACUUUUCUGGCGUUCGGAAGAUCAUUCUCAGUGCUACGCUUACUAGAGACUUGAGUUUGCUCAACCAGCUGGGCUUGCAUAGACCGCAGAUGAUCGUUCUGGAGAGUGACGGUGAUGUCCAGAUCGCCGAGCAUUCUCUGCCUGGGCAGUUGAAGGAAUUCUCUAUCAGAGUCCACGACACGGGUCUCAAGCCUCUCUACUUGCUUGACCUUCUCCGCAGUCAGGAUAUGCUCAUGGCCAGUCCUAACAAGGAUCUGGAAACUUCCAAGCCUGAUGAGGCUGCAGACUCAAAUACUAGUUCUGAUUCCGAUUCAAGCUCCGAUUCAGAUUCCGACUCUGACGCUACCUCCGACACAAGUUCGGACUCUGAUUCCGACUCUGAAUCUGAGGCCAAGCCUAAGGCUUCAGGUCGAUCACUCAAAUCACAUGUCCCUGCCUCUCUCAUCUUCACAAAAUCCAACGAGGCCGCACUGCGUCUAUCGCGCCUGCUUGCUCUCCUGGAUCCUUCAUUGGAAUCGCACAUCGGCACACUCACAUCCACAACGCCAACACAUAUCCGCCGCAAGACCCUUCGAGCAUUCUCAACACCCUCAUCCCCCAUCCGCCUCCUCGUCGCCUCCGAUCUCGUCGCCCGUGGUAUCGAUCUACCCAAUCUCGACCACGUCAUCAACUACGACCUACCUCCUAGCGUGUCAGGUUACGUGCACAGAGUUGGUCGUACAGCACGAGCUGGUCGGUCAGGAUGCGCAUGGACGCUCGUUGGAGAUGACGAAAGUUGGUUCUAUAACAAGAUCGGAAAGAAUGCAGGCAUCAAAAGAGGUCAGAAGAUGGAGAGGACAAGAAUCGAGGAGAUUGACGAGAAGCGUGUUGAAGAGUAUGAAGCUGCUUUGGAGAAGCUGGGACAAGAAGCCGGAAGGCGAUAG